GUGGGGAAAGACGUAGCCAUUCAAGAUGGCGAAGGACUUGGACAAGCUCUUGGAUGAGGUUGAGUCCAAGUUUUGCAGACCAGACCCACUGAGACUGGGCACGGUUGAGCAGCCCAAAGGCUGCGGCGGCGGCGGCACUCUCAGCGACGACCGGAACCGAGCCGAGGCGAAAGAGAAUCUCAGAUCAACGGAAACAUUUAAAAAAGAAGAUGAUCUUGACAGUCUCAUUAAUGAAAUAUUUGAAGAGCCCAACUUUGAUAAAAAAUCCUUUAAAUUAAAAUCUAAAUCUUCAGGUAACACAUCUGUCAGAGCUUCCAUUCAAGGCCUUGGUAAAAGUUGCAGCCCCGUGUACCUAGGUGGAAGCACUGCUCCAUGCGGUGUUGGAACAACAACUUCACAGAGAGCAUGUGACCAUCUACGUUGUAUAGCAUGUGAUUUCCGGGUAGAAAGCUAUGAUGAUUAUAUGUGGGACAGAUCAUGCGAUUAUAUGUUUUUCAGGAACAACAUGCCAGAAUUCCACAAAUUAAAAACAAAGUUGGUAAAGAAGAAAGGAGCACGGGCAUAUGCCUGCCAGUGCAGCUGGAGAACUGUUGAAGAACUGACUGACCUUCAGAGCGCUCAUCAGCUGCGUUGGGUGUGUGGUAGACAUUAAGAAUGCAGACUUUUCACAUUCAGACUAAUGCAUCCAUGAAAGCAAUAUCCAUUAAUUAUCAUAAUAUUUAGGUAAUGGUACAUAGCAGUAUCGUGCCCUUUGUAAAAAGACAAGAAAUUUCACUUAAUGACUGUACCCACUUUCAAAGACCAAAUGGACUUACGAAGAUAAUGUGCUUUAUUUAACAUUUUAGAAAUAGUCCCCUUUUGAUAUAUGGACGUUUCACUUUGUAAGUAAGGUAACAAGUUAUCCAAAUACUUCUUUGCCCGCCUGUCUCCCGUUUUAAGGCAGUUUAGUUACAGAGUUUUAUACCAAUUUAUAGCCAUUCAUGAACAACUGCAGUAUUACUGACUGCCAGUACACUUAGCAUAAACGUCCCCUAUCAGGGGAUAGAGCCGGCCGGUGCAGAGGUCCCUGAGGGGUGUACACACCACCUCGUCCAGUCAGAGCUGUUGCUGCGAAAGAUACUAGUCUAGGUAUGGCGGAACCGUGUGAGCCGUGACUAACCGAAGGGCUUUCAGGAGUACAGGUAUUCUGUGAAUAAAUACACUGCCUGUAUCUGAUCUUACCUCACCAACUUAAAGUGAUACUAUGUACAAUAAUGAUAAGUAUCUAUUACAGAUUUUAGCUUAUUUCCCCUUUUGUUCAUUUAGAUAUCAGAAGUCAUUUAGUUUGUAAUUUAACAAAUACCCAUUUAUAUAUAAAAAUUUUUUGGCUGCACCUAAAAUCACAAGGGAAGAUCCUAAUACAGACAGGUGAUUGGUUUUUUCAAUACUUUGUAGCCUUUAAAGGCUAAAACUCUAAUCAAGUAAAAUGAACAGCAAGUAGGAUAUUUUCUCAGGCAGCCUGUUGAUUUUUCUGGUAGAAUCAGAUUGACAUAUUGUUUAUUAAAUAAGUGUAUGAAAAGAGAAAUAAAGCUUAGCCGAACCAGCCUGUUGACUCCUCUUUGACCCUGACAUCAGCGAGAGCGGGAGGACCCCGCGGCAGCAGCACAUUCAGGAAACCAGUUACCUCGGAAUUGCCCUCUACCUUCGAGAGAUUCUGGGGGCUUCCCAGUCUGCCAAAAGCUCUUUAGUGUAUGGGUCUAAUAAAUAGUUCAGAUGUGGGACACAAGGCAUGCUGAAAGGGAGUCAUGGAAGGAAAGCUGUGGUCUGCCUAGGCUUAUGCUGAAUCCAGCCACCUAAGCAAAGGAGAAAAAUCUGGUCGUUAAAAUCUUUUUCCUAGCCAUGUCACAUUUGCACUUGGGUACGACUUACUUUAGUAAGUCUAGCAUUGCAACAGAACAAAUCUGCGGGCAGAUACUCCCAUUUGUAUUAAGAAUAUGUUUAUUGAAUACGUGUAUUGAAGAUCUUAUCUUUCAAUAAAAAUGUUUACUCCCUAAAAUUUUAUCUCACUGUAAUGAAUCCAGAAACAGCAAAGGAUUUGGAUUGAAGUCACCUAUUUCAUAAAAAUAGCACAGCAACAAAGUCUACACAUUCUGAACCCCGUGGAAUUUGGCACAUAGUCAUAAUGGUGAUGUUUGCUUUUUAUUCAAAUGAACAAAUUUACUAAAUUAUUAGCUUGAAUAUAUACUUUAUUAUUUCAUCAUAAUUAUCCUAUAACUUGGAUAGAAUGCCCAUGUUUGGCAUUUUAUAACAUAGUAAUUGUAAUAAUUCCCCAAUGUCAGAUACGUAUGUAUGACUUCAUAUUUUUGUGGGCAAUUUACUUUAUAAGCUUUUUAAUAUUGUACAGUUUCUAAUCUAAAAUGUAGAAAGAAUAUUCUGUUUGUGUACAAAGGGAUAAAUUAUCAGUUGUAAUUUAAGCCAAAAUGCAAUUACUUUAGUAUCAUUGUAGAAGAAAAGCAUAGUUUCUGAUGAGCUAUAAUUUUAAAAUGCAAAAUCUGUAAAACCUAUAAGAUGUUUUGCCCAUUCAUUUUCAAUGCUGUAAUAAUUUUCUGCCUUUCGCAAGUAUCUAUUUUUUGUCAAGCCAGGUAACUGCUUUAUUUGAACUGUAUUAUAUUC